GCCGUAUAACAGCGCCAUCUACAGUUUAAUGUCGUCGAGGGGAAGGAGAACAUCGGAACCAACUUUCCGCGGGACAGGGGAGAAAGAAACCAUGUUUAUCAAGACCAGACGGAAACUAGAAGGACUGUGUCAUUUACUUCAGCUACGAUAAAUAGAUUUUAGUGCUUCUUCUAUACUUAGGUUUAAUUUUACUUCAUACUGCCAGGGAAAACAUGGGGGUCAAACGUAAAUCUGAUGAAAUGGAACUGGAAGUAGAGGGGAGCCAGAGGCAGUCAGUCCUCAAUAUAUCAAUGUGUAAACUUCAGAAUCCUUCAGGCAAAAAAGUUGAACCAUCGCUUCUGAAAUCAGUACUUAUCUUAAACACUCUAAAACACAUAGAAACAGAACUUAGAAAAGAAGGCAUAAGUAGCGAACUGCCUCCCUCCGCCAGUCUAUCUUUCCACAGUGAUGCUGAAAACUUCACUAUGGAUGUCCUGCCGCUGGACUCUCUGGACGGUUCCAGUGAGUAUAUAGAACAAGACAUGUCCGACCUUCAUAUCAAUGGAAACCUUCCACAAGGGAUGGACAGCCAAGAUGACCAAAGCAUUUCUAAAGCACCUCUUCCUCCUUUUGAGACCUUUGUUGAACUUUCAAACUCAAGCACUCAUAGUGCCAACAACUCACCAAAGAGCAAGGUCAUUGGCCAAAAAAUUGAUAUAUGGAGCUCGAGUCUCCAGAGCAACUUACCGUUCCGAGUAGAAGAUGUUCUCGGGGACACCGAUCUAUCCCAGUGUGAUUUUGACAUUUUCACGUCACUCUCAUCGACAAUUAAGUUGACGCCUCUGAGUGCCGAGGAGGUUCUUCAUUCAUUUCCCUCCAAUUCUUUGUCCGAUACUUACCAGUCCUUUUUGUCAACUUCGUGUAAAAGCGACAUCCUUCCCGAGGAAAUCGAUAACAUUAUGCAGAUUUUAGUUGGAACGUAGAUCGACUUAGGCUGCCAGAGACAUUAUUGUUAGACUGAGAAACGUUCAGACGAGUAGAGACUUUUUACUUUAAACCCAUGGCAGCACGAUUGUUUUACUGUUGAAGUUUUAAGGGUGUUGAGAGAAUGAUUAUUUAUUGACUGUAUGUUACAAUAUAUCUCUAAUCAAAAUAAUCGUACUGUAAGAGUACACCUUGUGAUUCGGGGUGACUUGCCCCAGGAUUGUGCAAUUUCAUUGUCAAUAUUAUUGCAAUGCUUGCCAACAAAGGAUGUAAAUAUCCCAUUAUUAAUUUAUUGACAUUGUUUCAUAUGCAUUUGACAAUAUGUGAAUCUAUUUAUUGAUAUCUCUAAGGAGAAGAUUCAAGAUACUGAAUAUAUGAAUAUAUGGAGAUUUUUACUUAAAUGUUUAGUAGUAUGAAUUGUAUUUUAUAUGUUUUUACAAUGCAUAGAUUUUAUUUAUCAGUAGCUAGACACAUGAAUUUUGAUGGCAAAGUCGUUAAGUAAUAUUCACAUCCUGUGAUAUUAUCUGACUGCUGGCCAAUUAAUUUUUUUUUUUUUGAUGCAAAAUUUAUUGUUGAAAUGAUCAAGGAGGAGUGAACAAAAUCGCUAGACUUUUGUGAUUCUGAUUUCUGAAUAUGAUAAAUGAUAGAAGCUUGUAGAUUAUAAGGUUUACCUAAAACAGAUUGAACACUUGAUGUUCCAAGUGCACAUGCACUUGUAAUAGAUUUUAUAAGGAAGUAGUGUAUCCCGAGAACAGAGUAAAAUAUAUCACAUGAGAUUGUAUAACGGAGAAUUUUUUGAACAAUGUUACUUGAUGAUAUUUGUAUUGCUGGUAUACUGAAACAUUGGGUAAAAUUCGUAUCUUUAUAGGUAAAAUCCCAGUGAAAUAAGAAGCAAACUAUUUAUUCCAUUAUGUAAAUAUUUCAUCAUCUGUAUUUUUAUUCGUCAUUGAACAUUUCACAUAAAUCACUCAUUGAAAAUACAUUUUUGACAUGAUUUCUUUUAUCUAUAGUAUUUACAUCAUACAUACGUGUAAUAUUUAUACAUUCAAGUCUCGCGUUGUUGACUAUUGUUGUGAAGUAAGGGGAGAUAAUCUCUAUUUUUUGUGAUCUGUUGAUGAUGAAAUUUUAAUCAUGUAACUAUUUUAACCAAGAUUGAUUAUAUUUAUUCUACUUUCUUAUUUAGCAAUAUGAAAAUUAUUUAUAUUUUACUGACAAAUGAAAAAAAUGUUUUUUUAAGAAGAAGUAAUGUAUUUGUUACAAAAAUUGAAUCAAAAUUUUUUAAAUAUUUUGUUUAAAACUUAAUAUACAUAUCUUUCUAUUUUUCAACUCAAUGCAUCAAUUGUUGCCUUAUAUCUGGUUGCCUGAAGUGUAUGUGAACUUUUGAAUAAUUAUACGAAUGCACACAAUGGAAUUUUUCCAUUGCAGAGCUUUUAAGAAAACCUACUAUCAUAGCUAAUAUCUUGUUUUGGUUUUAUUUUUUAAAGGAAGGGUGGGCAACUGAAAUCAAAAGUAAAAAUAGUUUCUUUUUUCAUCCUGUUGUUUAAUUCCAUUUUGCAUUUCAUGUUCACUAUUUACUUGCAAUGUCUGUAUACGCAAUCAUUCCUCAUUUUCUAGACACACUUUGUAAAUAUUAUCAUUAGUAACUUCUACAGCAUUCAAACAGGGUCAUAAUUGCAUAACUGUGUUGAAUCCUCUUUAAAUGAUGUUUGUUUACCAUUGUUGGCAAUAUCUGUUUCAGAUUUUUUUUCUCUAUGCACAGACCUACUGUUCUCAUGUGAUGUAGAAAUUCAUCCAAUCAUAUGUCCAUAAGUUGUAUUUCAUUAAAUUUUAUAGAGAAAUACA